GACAUCAAUAUGUUCCUAUUUAUUAAUAAAGAAUUCAAUACUGAGUAGGGUGUCCUACGUUUUUCACGUCUGAACCCUAGAACGAAAACUUCUAUCGAGACUAAAGCUUCUUCAGCUCAUCUCUUAUUUAUAGCUACAGAAAAAAUGGAGCUGACUCAUAAAACAGUCCUAAGUGUAAACAAACUAUAUGCCGCCUACGAUGACCAAAUCUGUGUUGUCAAACUUCCAGAUUUUCCACAUGUAUCUCCUGCUGGACUCCGAUAAAUGUUACAGAAGGCUGCAAGAAGGAUCUGCUGUUAAACAUAUCCACAGCAUGCAAAGUAAGUAAUAUGAUUUAAUAACUAAAACAGUACUUGCUUAUCUGUACAGUACAGGUCUAAUGGGGUGACUGGGGUGGUGGGAGUUGUGCAAGGUACACCUUGGACAGUGCUUUUAACAAACACAAACUAAUUUAACCAAAUAAAAUUUAACCACUCAUUAGAGUGAAAAAAGAAUUACGUUUAUUGAGAUAAAGAAAUGUAUCCUCUUUUUUUCUAAAAAAAAAAUUGCUUUGGUUUUGUUGGCAGAUGUCAUGUCUAGAAUAAAGUUACAGUUCUUGAUUUUAUUGCAUCAAAAAUGAUCCAACUUUUGACUAGAUAACUGUGAUAGAAUACAUUUCUUUAAAAAAAUAUUUUCAAUUGUCUGGGUAAAGACAUGAAACACCAAAGAACUAAGCCAGAGUUCUCACUGUUUUAGAGGUAUAUGUAGAAUAUUACCAGUACACUAUCACUCAUAUUCAAAUUUAUAUUGGAUAGAAUGUGAAAAAAUUCAAUUUCCAAUGAGUGGUUGCAUUGUCUACCCCCAGUUUAAAUCACUUGUGAGCAUAAUUAUUAUAGCAAUAAGAAUUAUAAUAUUUGUUGAACUAGAACUCUGCAAACUGUGAUUUUGCAGUGGCCUAAAAUAACAUGAAAUUAAGUUCUGCUAUAUUUGGAAUGGCAAUGAGUAAGCCUACUUUACAUUUAUUCCCCAAAAUAUGCUAUUAAUAGACCAAAGAUGUGAUGUAAACAAGGAGAGCACAAUCAGGAGAUGUGCUCUUCGCAGGAGCCUCAAGUAAUAACUCUGUAACUCCGGUGGAACUGCAGAGACCCACCAGAAAUCUCUCAAUAAAAUAACUAAUCAAAUUAAGAAAUAAACUGUUUCCAGGGAGUCAAAAUAUUAGAAAAUAGUGACAUUUUUUGUUCUCUUUACUAAUUAAUGUUUUCUUUUAUAGUAUUAUGAAUAUAACAGGGAUAUCAUGCCAAGGUUUUUGACCACAAUGUUGCAUUCAAAAUGCAACAAUUUAGAAUAUGUUGCAUUUAAAACUAAGUAUAAUAGCCGCUUUUUUGUUGUUUUUCAUUUUCUCUGAUGAGAACAUUAAAUGAGCAAAACAUGUUUCAACUCACAUCAAAAUAAAAACGGAGAACUUAGCAUUUACAAGUUUGUUGUUUGUGUUUCAGGUGAACACAGGGCCAAACUUUCUUUUAUCAGGUCCCUAAACCAGAACUCGCUCCGUGCUGCCUCACCGCGGCCGCUCUCGGACGCUACGUGACGUCGUUUCCUCUCUCCCAACAUGGCGCAGGAGGCAGGUCGUUAACUGCAUUCUGAGGGAUUUGCCCCAACCUUCUGUAUUUAUUCAUGUGUGUCUGUUAAGGGGCUCCCGUGGCUGACAUUUGCGACGGAACGCAUCUCCUUUCGAGGCGGCUGCAGGCCUCCACCUUCACCCUCUCUUCCCUCCCCGUCUCCUUGGGACCAGGCACACCUCGCUCCAGAUUCCGGUGCGACAUGUAUGAGGGCAAAAAGACGAAAAACAUGUUCCUCACACGAGCUUUGGAGAAGAUCCUGGCCGACAAGGAGGUGAAGAAGGCUCAUCACUCACAGCUGCGUAAAGCCUGCGAGGUGGCACUGGAGGAAAUUAAGGAAGAAUCAGAGAAAUUAAGUCCACCAAGUGGAGAUGGCAAAUCUGGCUCCAGCACAUUACCACCCAUCAAAUCCAAGACAAAUUUCAUCGAGGCUGACAAGUACUUCUUGCCGUUCGAGCUAGCAUGUCAAUCCAAAUGUCCUCGCAUCGUCAUCACCUCACUCGAUUGUUUACAGAAGCUGAUAGCGUACGGCCACCUGACGGGCAGUGCUCCGGACAGCACAGCGCCAGGAAAGAAGCUCAUCGACAGGAUCAUCGAGACCAUCUGCGCGUGUUUUCAGGGACCUCAGACUGACGAGGGCGUGCAGCUACAGAUUAUUAAGGCUCUGCUGACAGCAGUCACCUCCCAGCACAUAGAAAUCCAUGAAGGCACCGUGCUGCAAGCCGUCCGCACCUGUUACAACAUCUACCUGGCGAGCAAGAACCUCAUCAACCAGACCACGGCGAAGGCCACGCUCACGCAGAUGCUCAACGUCAUCUUUGCACGCAUGGAGAACCAAGCACUUACAAAUCACAAGCUAUCUUGGUCUCUGGCCUCCAGAAAGCGUGACCGCCAGCUGCAGGAAGCCAAACAGCUGGAGAGAGAGCGGCACCGACAGCAAUCCCCAGUAGCCCAGCACACCGAGCCAGAAUCCCCCCAGCUCCAGACUCACGUUCACCCACCCAGCAAGACCCCCACCCAGGAGGCCAACGGCCCCGUCAGCCCUGCGACCCCCAGCAUCGCCACCCCCUCCACGCCGUCCACCCCAUCCACGCCGGCCCCGGAGUCCAGCAGCAGCAGGUCUGCGUCUGGGGAGCGGGAGGUGCAGGGGGAGCAGCCUGCCCCCGACGAGAACCCGGAUCCUGAAAACGGUUCUGAGUUUUGUGUGGCUGAGAACGAGCAGACGGAGGCAGACCAAGCCACCGUAGCAGUACAAAAUGCAGCAUCCAAACAACAUAAAGGAGAGGGGGAAGAAGAGGAUGAGGAAGCGCCUAACUACGAGGAGAAAGCCCAGGAAAUUGUCCAGAGUAUUCUGCAGGAAGUGGUCAACACUGUGGCUGGAGGCCACUGCCUGGACCCAGCGAACCUCUGCUCCGACACCAAGGAGUCAACCGGCGAGGGCGAGCCAGAGGAGUCCCCGCCGGCCGAGGCAGCGACUGAAGGCACCCAGAGCUCGAUGGAGGACGAGGGAACAGUUGGGAGCGACAGUGAGCACGUCCAUGCAAAUGGCAUUCCCGGCACGCCUAUUUCUGCUAGCUUUACGCCCUCGUUGCCUGAUGACAGAUUAUCCGUCUCCUCCACCGACACUCAGGAAUCGGGAGCAACAGCUGGCCAGCCGCCAGGUGCUAAGUUCUCCCACAUCCUCCAGAAGGACGCUUUUCUUGUCUUUCGCUCUCUCUGCAAGCUGUCGAUGAAACCACUAUCAGACGGACCGCCUGAUCCAAAGUCCCACGAGCUGCGAUCAAAGGUGUUGUCUCUGCAGCUUCUGCUGUCCAUCCUGCAGAAUGCAGGGCCCAUCUUCAAGACCAACGAGAUGUUCAUAAACGCCAUCAAGCAGUAUUUGUGCGUGGCGCUGUCCAAGAAUGGUGUCUCCUCUGUGCCUGAAGUCUUUGAGCUCUCUCUCUCCAUCUUCCUUACCCUGCUCUCCCACUUUAAGACCCACCUCAAGAUGCAAAUCGAGGUGUUCUUCAAAGAGAUUUUCCUGUACAUACUUGAGACGUCCACAAGCUCUUAUGACCACAAGUGGAUGGUCAUCCAAACGCUCACCAGAAUAUGUGCAGAUGCCCAAAGUGUGGUGGACAUCUAUGUGAACUACGACUGUGACUUGAAUGCUGCUAAUAUAUUUGAGCGCUUGGUCAACGACCUCUCAAAAAUAGCCCAGGGCCGCGGAGGCCACGAGCUCGGCACAACACCCCAACAGGAGCUGACUCUAAGAAAGAAAGGCCUUGAAUGUCUAGUGUCCAUCUUAAAAUGUAUGGUAGAAUGGAGCAAAGACCAGUACGUCAACCCCAAUUCCCAGACCAGCCUAGGCCAGGAGAAACCUUCAGAGCAGGACAGCUCAGAGACCAAGGCCACAGAGAGCAUAAACCGCUACGGCAGCAUCAACUCCCUGGACUCCACGGCCUCGUCUGGCAUCGGUAGCUACAGCACACAAAUGUCCGGCACCGACAACCCCGAACAGUUUGAAGUUCUCAAGCAGCAGAAGGAGAUCAUCGAACAGGGGAUUGACCUGUUCAACAAGAAACCAAAGAGAGGAAUUCAGUACCUUCAAGAGCAAGGCAUGCUGGGUACAACCCCAGAGGAUCUUGCACAGUUCUUGCACCAGGAGGAGAGGCUUGACUCGACUCAGGUGGGUGAAUUCCUCGGCGAUAACGACCGUUUCAAUAAAGAGGUCAUGUACGCCUACGUGGAUCAAAUGGACUUCCAGGGCAAAGACUUUGUUUCCGCUCUAAGGAUGUUCCUGGAGGGCUUCCGGCUCCCUGGCGAGGCCCAGAAGAUCGACCGGCUUAUGGAGAAAUUUGCAGCAAGAUACCUGGAAUGCAAUCAGGGACAAACACUCUUUGCCAGUGCAGACACAGCAUAUGUUCUCGCCUACUCAAUCAUCAUGUUGACAACAGACCUCCACAGCCCGCAGGUGAAGAAUAAAAUGACAAAAGAACAGUACAUCAAGAUGAACCGCGGCAUCAAUGACAGCAAAGACCUGCCUGAGGAGUAUCUCUCAGCCAUAUACGAUGAGAUCGCAGGGAAGAAGAUUGCCAUGAAGGAAACAAAAGAGCUCACCAUGAAGUCCAACAAGCAAAGUGUGGCCAGCGAGAAGCAGAGGCGUCUGCUCUACAACGUGGAAAUGGAGCAGAUGGCCAAGACGGCCAAAGCUCUGAUGGAGGCCGUCAGCCACGUCCAGGCCCCCUUCACCAGCGCCACGCAUCUGGAGCACGUCAGGCCCAUGUUCAAGCUGGCGUGGACACCCUUCCUGGCUGCCUUCAGCGUCGGCCUGCAGGACUGUGACGACACUGAAGUGGCCUCGCUGUGUCUCGAAGGAAUACGCUGUGCCAUCAGGAUAGCAUGCAUCUUUUCCAUACAGCUGGAGAGGGAUGCUUACGUUCAGGCUCUGGCCAGGUUCACCCUGCUGACGGCCAGCUCCGGCAUCGCAGAAAUGAAGCAGAAGAACAUCGACACCAUCAAGACCCUGAUCACUGUGGCACACACGGAUGGCAACUACCUGGGCAACUCCUGGCAUGAGAUCAUGAAGUGCAUCAGUCAGCUGGAGCUGGCUCAGCUGAUUGGUACGGGGGUGAAGGCGCGCUACAUCUCAGGGACGGUGCGGGGGAAAGAGGGUUUCAUCACCAGCACCAAGGAGCAGAACAACGACGAGUACCUGGGUUUAGUUGGGGGAACAGUAGACCGUAAGCAGAUUGCCAGCAUUCAGGAGUCCAUUGGUGAGACGAGCUCUCAGAGCGUGGUGGUGGCUGUGGACAGGAUCUUCACAGGCUCCACCAGAUUGGACGGUAAUGCAAUAGUGGAUUUUGUGCGCUGGCUGUGUGCUGUGUCCAUGGAUGAGCUGGCCUCGCCCACACAUCCACGCAUGUUCAGCCUGCAAAAGAUCGUGGAGAUCUCCUACUACAACAUGGGCCGCAUCAGGUUGCAGUGGUCCAGGAUCUGGGAGGUGAUCGGAGACCACUUCAAUAAGGUUGGCUGUAAUCCCAAUGAAGAUGUAGCAAUUUUUGCCGUCGAUUCUCUCAGGCAGCUGUCCAUGAAGUUCCUGGAGAAAGGGGAGCUGGCUAACUUCCGCUUCCAGAAGGACUUUCUGAGGCCGUUCGAGCACAUCAUGAAGAAGAACAGGUCUCCCACCAUCAGAGACAUGGUGGUGCGCUGCAUAGCUCAGAUGGUGAACUCCCAGGCUGCCAACAUCCGUUCAGGCUGGAAGAACAUCUUCUCAGUGUUUCACCUGGCGGCGUCCGACCAGGACGAGAGCAUCGUGGAGCUGGCCUUCCAGACCACCGGCCACAUCGUCACGAAUGUAUUCGAGAAGCACUUUGCAGCCACCAUUGACUCUUUCCAGGACGCCGUAAAGUGUCUCUCGGAGUUCGCCUGCAACGCCUCUUUCCCAGACACCAGCAUGGAAGCAAUCCGCCUCAUCCGCCACUGCGCCAAAUACGUCUCAGAGAGACCCCAGGCCUUCAAAGACUACACCAGUGACGACAUGAAUGUAGCCCCCGAGGACCGAGUGUGGGUGCGAGGGUGGUUCCCCAUCCUGUUUGAGCUCUCCUGCAUCAUCAACAGGUGCAAACUGGAUGUCAGAACCAGGGGCCUCACGGUGAUGUUUGAAGUGAUGAAGACCUAUGGGCAUACCUUCGAGAAACACUGGUGGCAGGACCUGUUCAGAAUCGUCUUCAGGAUCUUCGACAACAUGAAGCUACCGGAGCAGCAGACCGAGAAAGCAGAGUGGAUGACCACUACAUGCAACCAUGCACUUUAUGCCAUCUGUGACGUUUUCACCCAGUACUUUGAGUCCCUCAAUGGACUCCUGUUGGAUGACAUCCUGGCUCAGCUCUACUGGUGUGUGCAGCAAGAUAAUGAGCAGCUGGCCCGUUCAGGCACCAACUGCCUAGAAAACGUGGUCAUCCUCAACGGGGAGAAGUUCUCCGCCGAGACCUGGGACAAGACGUGUAACUGCAUGCUGGACAUCUUCAAGACCACCAUCCCCCACGCGUUGUUGACGUGGCGACCAGCAGGAGCAGAAGGAGAGCACUUUGCAACACACAGCCUGACUGACAAACAGCUGGACUCCAUAUCCCAGAAGUCUGUGGACAUACAGUCCUGCUCUGACGACCAGCACUCCAUCAGCAGCGGCGACAGGGCCACGAUGGAGAGCCGCCGCCAGAGUCAGCACAGCUCGGCGUCGGGCGUCUUCGAGGACGGCUCGAGAAGCAGGACCUCAACAAAGAUCCAGGAGCAGCGCUUGUUCUCCGCCCUGCUCAUAAAGUGUGUCGUGCAGCUGGAGCUGAUCCAGACCAUCGAUAACAUCGUGUUUUUCCCCGCCACCAGUAAGAAGGAGGACGCAGAAAACUUUGCAGCUGCUCAGCGGGAUGCUGGGUGUGCUGCGGACGUCCAAGUGGAGACGCAGGACCAGGGGAUGUUCCGCUAUCUGACCUUGGAGCAGCUCUUCAAGCUGCUGGACUGCCUGCUGGAGUCGCAUCGCUUCGCCAAGGCUUUCAACUCCAACAACGAGCAGAGAACGCUGCUGUGGAAAGCAGGUUUCAAAGGCAAGUCGAAGCCCAACCUGUUGAAGCAGGAGACCAGCAGCCUGGCGUGUGGGCUGCGCAUCCUGUUCCGCAUGUACACGGACGAGAGCCGACAAGGCGCCUGGGAGGAGGUCCAGAGGCGGCUGCUCAACGUUUGCAGCGAGGCGGUGGCGUACUUCCUGGCUCUGACCUCAGAAAGCCACAGAGAGGCCUGGACCAACCUGCUGCUGCUCUUCCUCACCAAGGUGCUGAAGAUCAGCGACGAAAGGUUCAAGGCUCAUGCAUCCAGAUACUACCCCCUCCUGUGUGAGAUCAUGCAGUUUGACCUGAUCCCUGAACUGCGGGCCGUUCUCAGGAAGUUCUACCUGCGCAUCGGCCUCGUCUUUAACAUUGCACAGCUGCCUGAGCCAGAGCCAGACCCCGAGCCGAGGCGUGCAGAGCCAGAAACGGACAUGGAGGUGGGGGAGGAAGCUGGGGAGGAGGCCCAGUGAUGCUGCACCCUCCUCCACCUCUCCUCCGCCUACACAAACCAACCCACCGCAGAAAUGUGCGGUUGUGCUGCGCCUCCUCAGGGCCCCUCCGCCCCCCACCUCACCUCCUCUUCUUCUCUUCCUCCUGUUGUAUGACAAACACUUUAACCUGAUUAGUUGGAGAUUGAAAGCCCCACCCAACACUCUGAACCCUCACAGACGGAGUCGUCCGCUUCAUCGUAAAAACAAUAAUGUCUUGCACCGGGUGUAACGACGCCUCCACUGGGUAAAACUACUGAUCAGCAACUGACAUGUACCCAUAUCUCUGAUCUACAUCUCAACACGCGUGCUUCUUACUGUAUGUUUAAAAAAAAAAGGAAGAAGAAUGAAUGAUUUCAGCUACAUGCAAAUACUCAGCAACUUUGAAAUUUAUCUCACACACAUGGCUGACGAUCUCUCUGCACUGUGGACGGCUAACAUCAGCGUUGGUUAGCCUCUUGGAUGAAACUAGUUGUACAGAUCUGCCGCUGUGUAAAAUAAUCUUAUAAUAAUAAUAAUAAUAACACUAGAUUUUGUUUAUUUUUCUCCUGGAUUUUUUUGCUGCACUUGAUCUUGUUUUUGUUCUGUUUUGUUUUUUUGAAUGCACUGGAGAUCUUACUUUUGUGAUAAUUUAUUUGACUGCACCACCUCCUCCUCCUGAUUGUCCAACACGGUAUGAUUUGUAAUUAAACAAGACUGCGGAAAGUGAAGGGUUAAAUUAUUUCCAUUUUAUAUGUUAGGUUUUUAACAGAAGAUGAGACGAUAACUGGGCUUCUGGAGCCAGAAGACAAGGGAGCACGCUGAUGCUAGCUGCUUUAUGAAGUCGCUAUUCUAAUUUCUGUUUUCAUGUGAGUUUAGUUAUCGCUCUACUGUACAAAAAUCAGAAAACUUGAUUUUGUUUUUCUUUGUUUUUUGGUUUGGGAAAGGAUAUAUGUAUAGAGAAAAUUACAAAUGUUAGCCGUGCUUUAAGUGUAAAUUGGAUGCAUUCCUGCUCAUGGAUGUAGAAAACUAAAUGUAUAUGAUACAGCAAUGUAAAGUUUUCUAUGUUGCAAAAGAUUAUGUACAACUUUCUGUACAAUACAUCAUCUGGCAUUCUAAUCAGGUUCUAGGUCAAUAAAGUUUUUGAACUUGGUUGAUUUGAA